UUUUGAAAACUAUUUUCCCCCUCUUUACGUGCUUUCAAAAUUUAUUAUAAAAUUUUAUGAUCUUGUGAUAUUUGUUUUACAAUUACAAGAUUUUCAUCCGUUUAAAAAAUUUUAAAAUAAAACGUUUUAUAUCAAUUUUGGAAAAAAUAAUAAAUUAUUUUUUUUAAUGUUGGAUUUCGUAAAGUCAUUUUUGGAUGGUUUUCUGAUCUUUAUAUGUUUUAAAAUAUUGUUAUGAAUGUUUUUUUUUUUUGAAAUAAUUUUUUUUAAGCCUUUUCAUUUAAAAAAAAAAUCAUUUGAGAGUUUUCUAUACAUUUUUAAUUAUUUUUUUAUUGUUGAUAAUUUGAUUUGGAUGUGGAAUUGCCUAUCGAAAUGAUGUUACAUGUUUUCUUCCAAAUAAUGUAGUUAUGUUUUCUUCUGCGUAGCGUAUAGGGUAGGUUAUUCAAUUGGACUAGAUAAGGUCAAGUCGAAUAGUUGAUUGAAUUAAUCAGAUAGAUAAAUAAGUAUAAUUAAAUAAAUCAAUCAAGAUGGUCGACUUAAUCGGAUUAAAUGGAUAAACUGAGGCAAUUGGUGAUUAAAGAGCUGCUAAAUAGGUCGAGCUAUUUUAUUCCUCGUCUACGAACGAAAUCCAUUGCCUAUGUUUGCUUGCCUAAGUCCACGGAUCAAUAUCAGAAGACUUGCUCAUUAAUUACUGGUUGAUUCUGACGGAUAAGAAUCCAUGUGAGCCCCUAGCUCGUUUCCAAAUCAAAAUGUGGAACAAAUUGCGCCACGGAAUCUUGUGAUCAUGAACAACAACUGAAUUGAAUUACAGAGGGAGAGAGCUCAUGAAAAGAUCUACACCAGCAUCGUCCUUCUUCACUUCUCUUCUAGUCUUUUUCUUUCUCACCACUCUUACAGGUGGAGUGCUCGGUAGAUCUCAAAAUAAAGGCUGCUCUUCUUCUUGCGGUAUCCUUGACGAUAUUCGCUACCCGUUCCGCCUAGAAAGCGACCCAGAGUGGUGCGGUAAGCCAGAGCUUGAGCUCAUCUGUGAAUCAGGAAAAGAUGCAGUCUUGCAUAACUUGUCACCUACAGACAAGUACCUGGUCACCGAAAUAUCAUAUAAUGAAUCGGGCUUCAGGCUCGUCUAUGCCGGUUAUGUCACAGGUUCUAAUAAAUGCGUGCUUCCCAGUGCACACUUCCCCCUAAGUGCACUUUACCUCAUCCAAAUGUCACUUUGGCCAUUUGGUUCGACUGAAGAUGCUAGAGAUCAUGAGUAUUAUAUGUUUGAAGAAUGGGCUAGUUUUAUGAGCUGCAAACAGGAAAUUCAUAGCGAUCUUUACAAGCCCAUCCAUUGUCUCACUGGGGACAAUAACUCGGCUACCCACGUCAUCGUUGGCAACGAUGCAUAUGCCAUACGCAACCUCAAGAACUCAUGUAGAUUCGUUAACUUAUUGCCAGUUGACGGAGAUUACAAUUACAGUGACGUGGAUGUAUUUGAACUCCUGGCAAAAGGAGUCUGGAUUGGAUGGGCUCUCACACCACCCUCUGACAUUUUCGAGUAUUGUUGGAAAAAUUUUUGGUCAAAAGUAUAUUAUUACAGCAUCGAGAAUUCCCCUUACAGGAUGCUUGGUCCCCUCUUUGCCGAAUUAGGUCUUUUAGGUUGCGUCUACUGGGAGGAGAGUUAUCGCAACCAUUAUCACGUUGCCUUCGGUUUUACAGUGGUCUUAGUCCUUGCACUAGAUAUAGCUCUUUGUCUGCUAGUUUUCAGAUUUGUGAUGGCACCUCUAUCAAUUUAUGCAUUCCUCGCUUACAAUUAUUGGAAGACAAUUAGAAAACCCAUCGACUCAGUUGAAAAGUUUCUGCAAAUCCAGCAAACUCUAACUCCCACACGCUACGCCUACAGCGACAUCAUAGCCAUGACCAGUCACUUCAGAGAAAAACUAGGCCAAGGCGGAUUUGGUUCAGUGUACAGAGGAUACAUUCUUGGUAAAUUCCCUGUUGCCAUCAAGAUGCUUGUCGGCAGCACCAAGUUCCACGGCGAAGACUUCAUCAGCGAGGUCUCCACGAUCGGCAGGAUCCACCACAUCAACGUGGUGCGUUUGGUUGGGUUUUGCUCCGAGGGAUCAAAGAGAGCACUCAUCUACGAGUACAUGCCCAAUGGCUCGCUCGACAAGUACAUCUUCUCUGCCAACAGGGGAAACACGUUCACUGUCGAGAAGCUCCAUGAGGUGGCCCUGGGGAUUGCUAGAGGCAUCAACUACCUCCAUCAGGGCUGCGACAUGCAAAUUUUGCACUUCGACAUCAAGCCCCACAACAUCCUCCUCGAUCGCAACUUCAUUCCCAAGAUUUCAGACUUUGGGCUUGCAAAAUUGUACCCAAAGGACAAGAACGUAAUAUCCAUGAGCGUUACCAGAGGCACGAUAGGAUACAUAGCACCCGAGCUGAUAUCGAGAAAUUUUGGGAUCAUAUCAGACAAGUCGGAUGUCUAUAGCUUCGGAAUGCUGCUAAUGGAGAUGGCCGGCGGGAGACAUAACGUAGAUGUGCGAGCUGAGAACACCAGUCAGGUUUAUUAUCCUUCUUGGGUCUACGACAAACUUGUUCAGCCGCAUGUAAGUGAGAGCAUCCAUGAUAUUGAAGAGAUUGUAAUCAGUGAAAUGGAGAAAAAGUUGUCCAUGGUGGGACUUUGGUGCAUCCAAAUAAAGUCAAGUAGUCGGCCGUCCAUGAGCAGUGUGGUGGAGAUGCUUGAAGGAGACGUGAAUGAUCUACAGAUGCCACCCAAGCCUUUCUUUUCUUCAGUAGAGCCAAGUCUGAGAGAAUUAGAAUUCUCCUCAACAAUUUCAUCUUCUGGAGAAGAAGAAUUACAUGAUCAGCAGCAUACUUUACGUCCCAACAAUUCUGGAUUGGCUUCAUCUUCUAUACAACUAUCUGUCAUCUCAGAGCAUUCUUAAACUUAAUAGGUGUAUAUAUAGUUCACCUGUUACUAGAAUUUUAGCAUAGCGCACUUUCUUAAGCUAAAAGUUCAACUGACUGUUCAGAGAUGACAGAGGGGGUUAAGGGUUAAAUGAAUGAUACACAAUUGAUGCU